AUGGACCGUACUAUCUUAAAUACGUUUAACUUGCCUGUGUGGUCAUUUGAUAGAGAUCGUAUAAGGCUUAAGCAACGAGAAUCAUUUUAUCUGAGCUGUACUCGUCAUCACCCACAAAUAGUCGCCAUUUCUCGAUAUUUAUUGACGUCAUCUACAUCCAAGCUGCUAGCUAUUCAAGUUUACAAAGAUCACACUGCUGAGGUGAAGCUUCAAAGCACCCUUAAACUUUUGUGGCUGACAUGA